CCCACCAAAACUAGGAUUUGUUAGCUCCCUCUCCGCGCAGAUGCUGCUCUGUUAAUUUUUGUUUUGCACGCCCGUCCUGACCACUUUUUUUUAAUGUAUAUGACAGUCGUCAUUAAUGACGAUAUCACAUGGGGAGGGACAGAGGGAGAGAGGUCCCAUGACAAUCUUCACUUCCAUCUUCUUUCCCUCAUUCCCCAGCCUUUACUUUAUUCUAUCGUAAUCCUUCCUGUAUCUUUUUCUUUUUAUCUGUUUGCUCUCUUAAUGUGUAGCCACCAGCUAAUUAGUUAUUAACAAACAAAUUGAUUCAACUUGUUAAAUUAAUCAAUGGAGAUCGAUAAAGACCUGAAAAAACAGUUCGUCCUUGAUUCUCGUCCCCUUUCCCAGCAACAAAUCGAGAGCUAUAAAGGGAACCGCCUCUGUCCUUAAUGGCGUCUAUAUAUGCCGCUUAAAACCUCAGCAGACUUCAUUCCGGUUCUUAAGAAGUGAGUGAUCACGAUGGGAAAAGUUGAGGGAGAUGAGACGAGUAAUGUAGGAAAGGAGCCGAAGCAGAGUCAGUCUUCUUCUUCUUCUUUCUCCUUUUGGUCUAUAUUCAGGCAUGCAGACCGGGUGGACAAGUUACUGAUGACACUGGGUUUCGUCGGCGCCGUUGGUGACGGCGUCUCGAUGCCUCUCAUGCUUCUCUUGACCAGUAAGAUCUUCAAUAACUUGGGAGGCGGUUCCACAGACUCCUCUGAUUUUACCCACUCCAUUAACAAGAAUGCAGUCAACAUGGUGUAUUUGGCCUGUGGAAGCUUCGUCGUCUCGUUCUUGGAGGGUUACUGCUGGACUAGGACAGGGGAGCGGCAGGCGUCGCGGAUGCGCGCCCGGUACCUUAGCGCUGUUCUCAGACAGGAUAUCGAGUACUUCGACCUCAACGCCGGCACCGGAAGUGAAGUCAUCACCGGCGUUUCCAGCGAUAGUCUCGUCAUCCAAGAUUGCCUUAGUGAGAAGGUGCCAAACUUUAUCAUGAACGGCGCCACCUUCAUCGGCAGCUACGUUGUGGGGUUCUUCAUGAUGUGGCGGUUGGCGCUGGUAGCGUCGCCCACGGCGGUGUUGCUCAUCAUUCCCGGCCUCAUGUACGGUCGCAUCCUCAUGGAGCUCGCUCGGAAGAUUCGUGGAGAGUACCAGAAGGCCGGCACAGUGGUGGAGCAGUGUGUGUCCUCCAUCCGCACCGUUUACUCCUCUGUGGCAGAGGAGCGCACCAUGGCCAAGUUCUCCACCGCGCUCGAUAAUUCCGUCGAGCUUGGCCUCCGUCAGGGUCUCGCAAAGGGCCUGGCUAUUGGAAGCAACGGCAUCACCUUUGUCAUCUGGGCCUUCAUGGUCUGGUAUGGAAGCCGCCUUGUCAUGUACCACGGUGGCAAGGGUGGCACUGUCUUCGCCGUCGGUGCCUCCAUCAUCGUCGGGGGCCUGUCACUCGGCUCGGGGCUAUCCAACGUGAAGUACUUCUCGGAGGCAAGCUCCGCCGGCGAGCGAAUCAUGACGGUGAUCCACCGAGUACCAAAAAUUGACUCCGACAGCUCAAAGGGAGAAGCUCUAGAGAACGUGUCCGGGGACGUGGAAUUCAAAAAUGUGGAGUUCGCAUACCCCUCGCGGCCGGACAACUACAUAUUCAGGGACUUCAACCUCAAAAUCCCGGCAGGAAGGACGGUGGCUCUGGUGGGCAGCAGCGGGUCAGGAAAGUCGACGGUGAUCGCACUGCUGGAGCGGUUCUACGACCCACUCACCGGUGAGAUUCUGAUAGACGGGAUAGAUAUCCGGAGGCUGCAGCUCAAGUGGCUGAGGUCGCAGUUGGGGCUGGUGAGCCAGGAGCCUGCUCUGUUUGCAACCUCCAUUAAAGAGAACAUAUUAUUUGGGAAGGAGGACGCCACCAUGGAGGAGGUGGUGGCCGCCGCAGAGGCAGCCAAUGCCCACAGCUUCAUCUCACAACUUCCCCAGGGGUACGACACUAAGGUGGGAGAGAGAGGAGUUCAGAUGUCCGGCGGGCAGAAGCAGAGAAUCGCCAUCGCCAGGGCGGUGCUGAAGUCGCCCAAGAUCCUCCUGCUCGACGAGGCCACCAGUGCCCUCGACUCCGAGUCGGAGCGGAUCGUGCAGGAGGCCCUCGACCUCGCCUCCGUCGGCCGCACCGCCAUCGUCAUCGCCCACCGUCUCUCCACCAUCCGCCAUGCCGAUGUCAUCGCAGUCGUGCAGGACGGCAGUGUCACGGAGAUCGGCUCCCAUGAUGACCUCAUCGACCGCCCCGACGGCCUCUACUCCUCCCUCGUCCGCCUCCAGCGGACCACCGCCCACCUCCGCGAAGGUGAGACCAGCUCAGGAGCUGCGCAAUUGGGCAGCAGCAGGAGUAUGAGCCGCCGCUUCUCCGCCGCCAGCCGCACAAGCUCCGGUCGCUCCGUUGCGUCGGUAUCGCCGGAAGAUGACGCCGACGAGAGGCCUGGGAAGCCGAAGCCUCCGGUGCCGUCCUUCCGGCGGCUGCUGCAGCUGAACGCGCCGGAGUGGCGUCAGGCGCUGCUGGGCAGCGCCAGCGCCACCGUGUUCGGCGCAAUCCAGCCUCUGUAUUCCUACGCGCUCGGCAGCAUGAUCUCUGUUUUCUUCCUCAAAGACCACGAUGAGAUCAAGAACAAGACGAGGACCUACGCGUUCCUCUUCAUUGCCCUUUCCUUGCUCUCCUUCUUCAUCAACAUCGGGCAGCACUACAACUUCGGCGCCAUGGGCGAGUACCUCACCAAGCGUGUCCGCCAGCGGAUGCUGUCCCAGAUCCUCACUUUCGAGGUUGGCUGGUUCGACCAGGACGAGAACUCCACCGGCGCCGUCUGCGCCCGCCUCGCCAACGACGCCAACGUCGUCCGCUCCCUCGUCGGCGACCGGAUGGCCCUCAUCAUCCAGACCGUCUCCGCCGUCGUCAUCGCUUGCACCAUGGGGCUCGUCCUUGCCUGGAGACUGGCGCUCGUCAUGAUCGCCGUCCAGCCCAUCAUCAUCCUCUGCUUCUACGCCCGCCGCGUCCUCCUCAAGAACCUCUCCUCCAAAGCCAUCAAGAGCCAGACCGAAAGCAGCAAGCUCGCCGCGGACGCCGUCGCUAAUCUCCGCACCAUCACCGCCUUCUCCUCCCAAGAACGGAUUUUGCGCAUGUUCGAGGAGGCGCAAGCCGGGCCCCGCCGGGAGUGCGUCCGGCAGUCGUGGUUCGCCGGCGCCGGGCUGGCUUUCUCCCAGAGCCUCAUGACUUGCACAUGGGCUCUUGAUUUCUGGUACGGAGGCAAGCUGAUCGCCGACGGAUUCAUCUCCGCCAAGGCUUUAUUCGAGACUUUCAUGAUCCUCGUCUCCACCGGCCGCGUCAUCGCUGACGCCGGCAGUAUGACCACCGACCUCGCCAAGGGUGCCGACGCCGUCGCCUCUGUUUUCGCGGUGCUAGACCGUGUCACAGCCAUCGAGCCUAACGACCCAGACGGCCACUGUCCCGAGCGGCUCACCGGCGACAUCGAGAUCCGUGGGGUCGACUUCGCCUAUCCGGCACGCCCCGACGUAGUCAUCUUCCGAGGCUUCUCGCUCUGCAUCGAGGCCGGAAAAUCGACGGCUCUCGUGGGGCAAAGCGGCUCCGGGAAGUCCACGGUCAUAGGCCUGAUCGAGCGGUUCUACGACCCGCUCAGGGGGACGGUCAAGAUCGACGGCAGGGCCGUCAAGUCGUACAACCUCCGGGCGCUAAGGAAGCACAUCGGCAUGGUGGGACAAGAGCCGACGCUGUUCGCCGGGAGCAUCCGGGAGAACAUCGCCUACGGGAGUGACGGAGAAAUAGCGCCGGCGGAGAUCGAGGCGGCGGCGCGGGCGGCGAACGCACACGAGUUCAUCAGCGCGCUGAAGGAAGGGUACGAGACGCAGUGCGGCGACCGGGGGUUGCAGCUCUCCGGCGGGCAGAAGCAGCGGAUAGCCAUCGCGCGCGCGAUCCUGAAGGACCCAGCGAUCUUGCUACUGGACGAGGCGACGAGCGCGCUGGACAGCCAGUCGGAGAAGGCGGUGCAGUCGGCUCUGGAGCGGCUGAUGGUGGGUCGGACCAGCGUGGUGGUGGCGCACCGCCUCAGCACCAUCCGCCACUGCCACCUCAUCGCCGUGCUCGACCAGGGCGCCGUCGUCGAGAAAGGAACCCACGCCUCCCUCAUCUCCAAGGGGCCCGGUGGGGCCUACUUCGGACUCACCGCCCUGCAAAGUGGCGGCGCCGCCUCGACGUGAUCGGAUUUUAUUUUCGAAACUUAAUAGAUAUCUCGAAUUAUCAAUAAUAUAAAUGAAACUUCAUCAUCAUGUUGGUAAGAA